AUGGGAACUUUACACUUAAUUGAAGUGGAAAAUUUCAAAUCGUGGCGGGGCCUGCAGUUGAUCGGGCCCUUCAUGCGGUUUAACUGCAUCAUCGGACCAAAUGGGUCAGGAAAAUCCAAUGUAAUGGAUGCAAUUAGUUUUGUGAUGGGUGAGAGAACUGCCAACCUCAGAGUGAAGAACAUCAGGGAUCUGAUUCAUGGUGCUCAUAUAGGGCGUUCUGUGUCAUCUACUGCAAGGGUCACCAUGCUGUACCAAAGAGAAAAUGAAGAGGAGCUGUCAUUUACUAGAGUCAUUAUUGAGAACUCUUCAGAGUUUCGUUUAAACAAUCAAAUUAUUAGUCGUGUGGAAUAUACAAAGGCACUUGAGAAAAUUGGCAUUUUACUGAAAGGCAGAAAUUGUCUGGUGUUUCAGGGCACUGUGGAGAAUAUUGCAAUGAAGAAACCUAAAGAGAGAACACAACUGUUUGAACAAGUUAGCAACUCGGGGGAACUGUCCAAUGAAUAUGACAAGAAGAAGAAAGAAAUGAUGAAUGCAGAAGAAGAGGCUCAGUUCAACUACAAUAAAAAGAAAAAUAUGGCUGUUGAACGUAAACAUGCAAAGCAUGAGAAGGAAGAGGCAGAUCGUUACCAAAUGUUGAUAGAGGAGCUAAAGGAAAGCAAGAUUCGGUUGCACCUCUUCCUUUUAUAUUAUAAUGGGAAGUUUAUAGAAAACCUUACCAAUGAUCUACAAGCAAACAAUAAAGCUGUAAGUAGUCAGAAAGCAACACAAGCUGCAGCAGAAGAAGAAGUGAGAGCUAAGAAAAAGGAGUUGGGCAAACUCAGCAGAGAGCUGCAGCAAAUCGAGAAGGAGAUAAAAGUUCAUGACAUUAAUCUGAAUGAGAAACGACCCAGCUAUAUAAAAGCCAAGGAGAACACAAGACAUUACAUGAAAAAGAUGGAAAUAGCUAAGAAAUCUCUGAAAAGUUGUGAGAAACAAUACGGCAUUCAUCAGCAGGCAGUGAAGGAACUGGAGUUCGAGCUGGAAGAUGUGAAUAAAGUAUGGAAAGCAUUUGAGGGUAAAGCACAAGCAGAAAUCAGCAGCAGAGGUCAUGGCAUAGAACUGGAGGAAAGCCAGAUUCAACAAUAUAAAGAACUGAAGCAAUUGGUGAGAAAACAAGUGUCCUCAUUGGCCCAAAUGUUGGAGAAACUGCGACGUGAGCAAAAGACUGAUCGGGACAAGCUGGAACUGAAUCAAAGAAAUUAUAAAGAUUUGGAAAUUCGAAUUAAGCACACAGAACUGGAAAUAGAAGAUUAUAACAAAAGAACAGAAAAGCUGCAAGAAUAUAUCGAUACCUGCAAGGCUUCACUUACUGAGCAGAAGCAACAUGAAGAAGAAUUGAUUAAUGAAAUAGAGAAUGCUAAGCUACGUAUAGUUGAAGUCAGUGAAAAGCUAAAUGAGGUGGCUGGUGAGUUGCAGAAUGCAGGGAUUGAUCACCGUGAAGGGCACAGGCAGCAGAAAAAAGCUGAGAUCUUUGAGAGUUUGAAGCGCAUGUACCCGGAUUCAGUGUACGGACGACUUGUGGAUCUCUGCCAUCCCAUACACAAGAAGUAUCAGCUGGCUGUCACCAAAGUCUUUGGCAGAUACAUUAAUGCUGUGGUGGUUGCUACUGAAAAAACAGCCAGGGAUUGUAUUCGUUAUCUGAAAGAAGAACGAGCUGAGCCAGAGACUUUCUUGGCUUUAGAUUAUCUUGAUAUAAAACCAGUCAAUGAACAGCUGCGAGAAAUUAAAGGAGCGAAAAUGAUGAUUGAUGUCGUUCAGUGUGUGUCACCUCAACUGAAGAAAGUGGUACAGUUUGUUUGUGGUAAUGGACUAGUAUGUGAGAACUUGAAAGAAGCUAGGCAGAUUGCAUUUGAAGGAACAGAGAGGCUUAAAACAGUGGCAUUAGAUGGAACACUAUUCUUAAAAUCUGGUGUCAUUUCUGGGGGCUCUAGUGAUCUGAAGUUCAAAGCCAGGUGCUGGGAUGAGAAGCAGAUCAGUCAAUUGAAAGAAAUUAAGGAGAAACUGAGAAUUGAACUCAGGGAGUUAAUGAAAGUGAAUCGGAAGGAAGCUGAAUUGAGGCAGUUGCAGGCUCAAGCCAAAGGGACAGAGACGAGAAUGAGAUAUUCCUUUAAUGAUUUGGAGCAAACUAGAAAAAAGCAUUUGACAAAUAGCCAUAUGGAAAGAUCAAAACUAGAAAGUGGACUGGCAAAUCUGCAGUCCGAAAUGACCGUGGUGAGAUUGAAUAUCGAGGAUAGGGAGGUGAAAAUGCAACACAUUGAGAAACAAAUGCAUGAAAUUGAAGAUAGAGUGUUUGAAGACUUUUGUACCAAGAUUGGUGUGGCAAAUAUUCGGGAGUAUGAGGAUGAGCAUGUGAAGCAGUUAGAAGAAAUAGAUAAGAAAAGAUCAGAGUUUGAGAACCAGAAAACAAGACUCUCAAUCCAACUCGAAUAUUCAUAUAGCCAAAUUGAAGAAGAUGUCAAAAAAAUCCAGAAGUGGAAGGAAACAGUUGAGAAAGAUGAAGAAGAAAUAAUGAAGUUAAAGAAGGAGGAGAUGCAGUUGAUGAAAGCCGUAGAUGAAGCCUUGGUGAUACAGCAGGACCUGAAUAACAGACUGUUAAUUAAAAAGAUGCAAGUCAAGGAUGCACAAAAGGAGCUUGAUGAAGUUAGGAAGAAACUAUCUAAUAUUAGCAGGGAGGUAGCAAAACUUCAGAAAGAAUGUGUAUCCGUGGAAACUUCAAUAGAACAAAGAAGAUUGGAGAGGCACAAUCUUCUACUUGCUUGCAAAGUCCAAGAUGUACAAAUUGAACUUCUCCAAGGGCAACUGGAAGAAAUUAGUGAGGUUUUAAUGGAUGUUGAAAGUACCCAAGCUGCGACAGGUGUCUUUGAACUGGAAGCUGCUUUUGAAAUAAACUACAGCAGUUUACCAACAGAUCUCAAAAGUCUCACAUCUCAUAAGGACAUUGAGAUAGAGGAGAACAGAUUAAAUAAGCUAUUGGAAGAAAAGGAAGCAACUUUACAAAGAACUGCUGCACCAAAUUUGAGAGCUGUUGAAAAACUACAAAACACGUGGGAUAAAUUUCAAGAGUCGGUGUCUGCAUUUGAAAUAAGCAGAAAGAAAGCUAGAAUAUGCAGACAGGAUUUUGAAUAUGUCAAAAGGAGAAGAUAUGAUUUGUUUAAUCAGUGUUUUGAGCAUGUCUCAGUGAAAAUUGAUCAGAUCUACAAGAUGAUGUGUCAAAAUACCAGUGCUCAGGCAUUCCUCAGUCCAGAAAACUCAGAAGAACCUUACUUGAAUGGUAUUGGUUACAACUGUGUGGCUCCAGGGAAACGGUUCAUGCCUAUGGAUAACUUGUCAGGAGGAGAAAAGUCAGUGGCAGCAUUAGCAUUGCUUUUUGCUAUUCACAGCUACCGACCUGCCCCUUUCUUUGUGUUGGAUGAAGUCGAUGCUGCUUUGGAUAACACAAAUAUUGGAAAAGUUACAAAUUACAUCAGAGAUCAAUCCAGGAAGAACUUCCAAGUGAUUGUCAUCUCAUUGAAAGAGGAAUUCUAUUCAAAAGCCGAUGCACUAAUUGGAGUAUAUCCACAGCAAGGAGAAUGCAUGUCCAGUCAACUGUUAACCUUCGACCUUACAAAUUACCCAGAAAAUACCAGAAAAGAAGAGAUACUUCAGCCAAGGCAGGAAGAGUAA